AUGGUAUUCAAGAAUCAUUCUUCAAGAACAGUUUCUUCUACUUUCUUCUCUUCCACUUCACUUCCAUUCAGAUUCACAACAAUCAUUACCUUAGCACUUAUCUUCUGUUCUUCUUACUACAUCUUCUUCUCCCAGCUCGACUACUCUCUGGUGACCUAUUCACCGGAGAAACCCCCGUUCGUCGGAGAUCUUCGAGACCUAACUUUCCCAUGGAACAAACUCUCUCUCGGACCAAUCUCCGAGAAGCUAAAACUCGCCGUCUUCUGCAAAUCAUGGCCCGUGGGUUCGAUCCCCGGAGGAAUGGAGCGUCACGCGUACACUCUCUACUCUUCUCUCGCCUCAAGAGGUCACGAGGUUCACGUCUUCACGGUUUCUUCCGACAAAAGUAACAACAGAGAAGAUUAUUACAACAAAGGUCAUCUACACAUUUACUUCGCUCCAAACCAAAACGGUGUACUUAACCAAACAAAGGCUUUCGAGGUCUUCCACAGAAUCAACGGCUUCGAUUACGUUCACACUGAGAGUGUUUCUCUGCCUCAUUGGCGAAUCAAGUUAGUGCCUAACGGUGACGUGGCUGUGACGUGGCAUGGAAUCUGGUACGAGAUCAUGCAUUCCAAGCUAUUCCAAGAGCUUUCGAAUGAUCCUCCUAGCUCCGAAGAUCUUCAACAAACAAUGCCUAGACUCGUCGAAGAGAUCAGAUUCUUCUCGAGCUAUAAACACCACAUUUGCAUAAGCAACAGCGCGCGUGAGGUUCUUGUUAACAUCUACCAGCUUCCCAAGAGAAACGUUCACGUUAUAGUCAACGGCGUUGACCAGACCAAGUUCGUGCAUUCCCCUGAAUCUGGAGCUAGGUUUAGGGCGAAACACGGUGUUCCUGGUAGUGGUAAUAAGACGGUUAUUGUGAUGGGUGUCUCUGGACGUCUGGUGAGAGACAAAGGACAUCCACUUCUUUACGAAGCGUUUGCUUUGGUCGUUAAAACGCACCCGCAAGUGUUUCUACUUGUGGCUGGAUCUGGUCCUUGGGGGAGAAGAUACGCGGAGUUAGGUCAAAACGUUAGGGUUUUGGGAGCUUUAGAGCCAGAAGAGAUCUCUGGUUUCUACAACGCGUUGGAUGUGUUUGUGAAUCCAACGCUGAGACCGCAAGGGCUUGAUUUGACGAUCGUUGAGGCAAUGCAGUGUGGGAAACCGGUGGUGGCGCCGAAUUAUCCGAGCAUUGUUGGGACGGUGGUUGUGGAUGAGCGUUUUGGGUACACGUUUUCUCCAAACGUGAGGUCUCUUGUUGAGACUUUGGAUUCAGUUGUGAGAGAUGGGUCUAGGGUUUUGGAGAUGAAGGGACAAGCUUGCAAGGGAUAUGCUCUUUCGAUGUUUACAGCGACUCAAAUGGCUUCGGCUUAUGAGAGAUUUUUUAUGUGUAUGAAGAACGAGAACUAUUGUAAGUACCCUCUUCCUAUAGAUAAUUGA